ACACCCAAACAGGGAAAAGCUGAAACCAGUUUGUCUGAAGCUAACAUUCAUCACAUCUCGUCUAUAAAUAUAACUAGAAUGUUUCUUCUCUCCUUGGAUGCUGGUGAAGGCUUUCUUCUAUUGACGAUGCUAUUCUAACUCCACUGCGAAUAUUUUAAGGAAGAGAUGGUUGCUUUUGGAAAGAAGUUGAAGGAAAGACAAAUUCAAGAAUGGCAAGGAUACUACAUCGACUACAAGUUAAUGAAGAAAAAGGUGAAACAAUAUGGGCGCCAGAUUGAAGUUGGAUCAAUUGAUCGUAAAAAUGUUCUUAAGGAUUUUUCAAGAAUGCUGGACAGCCAGAUUGAAAAAACUGUCCUUUUUAUAUUGGAACAACAAGGACAUUUUGCAAGUAGGAUCAGCGCACUAGGAAAAGAGCAGGAAUCUCUUCUAGCACAAUCAUACCUAUCCAAAAUAACUGAGCUACGAGAAGCAUAUAGAGGCGUGGGGAAAGAUCUUUUACAGCUUCUCUAUUUUGUUGAGAUAAAUGCCAUUGGUUUACGCAAGAUCCUGAAGAAGUUCGACAAGCGCUUUGGCUAUAAAUUCACCAAUUACUAUGUCAAAACUCGUGCAAAUCAUCCUUACUCCCAGCUUCAGCAAGUUUUUAAGCAUGUUGGUUUAGGGGCAGUUGUGGGGGCCAUAUCGCGCAAUCUUUCUGAUCUUCAGGACUGUCAAGGGAGCUACUUGUCAAUAUAUGACCAGCCUACCCUUUCUCUUCAGGAUCCAGUUGUUGACUUAAUGAAAGCAGCUGCAGAUCGAUUAAAUCACUCAACAAAUUUUCUUGAGUACUUGGGGCAGCAUGCACUUAUAAUGCAAGAGGAGUUGCCCACUCCAGAAGAAGAAAUUGUCGACGAUGAAAGAUAUCAUUUCAUGUCUCUUCUCCUGAAUCUGGCAAACACAUUUCUUUAUAUGGUCAAUACCUAUAUAAUCGUUCCAACAGCAGAUGAUUACUCAAUGAGCCUUGGUGCUGCACCAACAGUUUGUGGGAUUGUCAUUGGUGCAAUGGCUGUUGCACAGAUUUUUUCUUCAGUAUAUUUCAGUGCUUGGUCUAACAAGUCUUACUUCAGGCCUCUCGUAUUUAGUAGCAUCUGUCUUUUUGUUGGAAACAUUAUGUAUGCACUAGCUUAUGACGUCAAUUCGUUACUGCUGCUUAUUUCCGGUCGUCUGUUUUGUGGGUUGGGAUCUGCUCGAGCAGUGAACCGUCGUUAUAUAAGUGAUUGUGUACCACUUAAAAUCCGCAUGCAGGCUUCAGCAGGGUUUGUGAGUGCCAGUGCUUUGGGAAUGGCAUGUGGUCCUGCACUUGCAGGAUUACUUCAAAUUAAUUUCAAACUACAUAAGAUCACCGUCAACCAAGAUACUCUGCCCGGUUGGGUUAUGGCUGUGGCAUGGUUGUUUUACCUGUUAUGGUUGUGCCUCUCGUUCAAAGAACCUGCUCGCGAGAUUGAGGAGACUCGUAUAGCACAAGAAGCUAGUGGCUCAGUAGAGAAUGAAGAGAUGGAAAAGGGUCUUGCUAAACCAUUUCUCUCGAGUUCAGAUGGCUAUAAACAGGAUGAAGAUGAUGAACAAGAAUGUGAUGCUAGUGAAGAAGCACCAAAGGUAUCUCAUGGAGCAGCCAAAUCCAUGAGAUCAGCAUAUAAGUUGCUUACUCCUUCUGUAAAGGUUCAACUGUUGAUAUAUUUCAUGCUGAAAUAUGUGGUAGAGAUAUUACUCUCGGAAUCUAGUGUCAUCACUGCAUACUACUUCCAUUGGUCAACCGGCAAAGUGUCACUCUUCCUGGCAAGCAUUGGCCUAACUGUUCUUCCAGUGAACAUUAUUGUUGGCAGCUACAUAAGCAAUAUGUUCGAGGACAGGCAAAUCUUGCUAGCAUCUGAGAUUAUGGUUUUUGUGGGGAUUCUUAUAAGCUUCAACGUAGUUUUACCGUAUUCUGUGCCACAGUAUGUGAUCGCAGGACUGGUUCUUUUUGUAUCUGCCGAAGUCUUGGAAGGUGUGAAUUUGUCAUUACUAUCUCGUGUCAUGUCAUCGAGGCUUUCUCGUGGUACAUACAAUGGGGGUCUGCUUUCAACUGAAGCCGGGACACUGGCUCGAGUGAUUGCAGAUGCAACAAUUACUCUGGGCGGAUUCUUGGGAGAGACGAGGUUCUUAAAUUUCACUUUAGUCCCUUCACUUCUCAUUUGUAUAUCUUCAAUCUUUGCCACCUUCUAUACUUAUAACUCACUGUACUAAGAAUUUUUUAGUCUUGUUUUAUAGCGAGCAAUACUCUCUCAGAUUGUACUCAACUGAUUUAGACAUACUUCAAAAAUUAAGUGUAAUCAUUUUGUAGUAAUUGUUCUGGCGCUGUUGAUUUGAG